AUGCAUGCUAUUUCAGAGUUCCAGACAAAUUACUUUUGUCAAGCUAAUUCAACAACAAACUCUACAACCAUGCUGGAUCACACUACAAAUGCUUUAUCUACCAAUGGGUCAAGUUUCUAUCAAGGAUUCCUAGAUUCUGCUAAAAUUGAUGACGGCAUCUUCCCCUCCAUCACUACAAAAGCAACGUACACAUCACCAACUACAUCAAUGAAAUCUAAUGUUCAACAGCUUUUCAAUAUCACUCCUAAUCCCCCCUUAUUGUCUGAGCAUAUACAGUUGUUGGUUCAAUCCGAUUUACAAAGAUCUCUGGAAUCAGCAGACUCAAAACAAGGGCAAUAUCAGAGAGGUACAAAAACAGGAGUUGGAAUCAAAGACAACAGAGGAAUUCCAUUUGUUGAUUCAAUGGCUUCUCAUGUUUUAAGGCAAUCUAGAAACUCGGGAAUCGAUGCAGAUAGAAUGGCGCCCCUCAGUGUUUUCGAGUUAAAUAAAACUUUGCCCUCUAAUUUUAGAAAACAUGAAGAGCUUGUAAAGGCAGCAGUGGCAGCUCAGCUCCGAGCAGCUGUAGUUGCUUCGGAUUAUCCAAGAAAUGUAACUAAUGCCAAUGGAGUUGUAAAUGGUCUUAGCACCAAACCGCAAUCAGAUAUGGUGAGCACCAGAGGAGCUGAGGAUAUAAAGAGCCUAAAGGCCGUAAAAUGGUCUAAUGAAAGAGUCAGUAAUCUGUCCUCUCUCCCAUUUCCCCACAAAAUAUACGAGCCAGUCAUCAAUAAUACGUGGUCUUCAUCAAAUUCCAACCUCCUGAUCACUCAAGAAUUAGCGUUGUCAACUGCGCCAACAGCCACGGCUACAGUAGCUGUUCUAGCAGGCACGACAGCAGGCAAGACGGCCGUUACGUUAGGACCUCUGGUUGGAGUUGACUCAGCGGAAGCUGUGGAAGGUUUAGUUACGACCAAUUGCCAUCGCGACGUAGCGGUGCUUUAUCUGCUUCUGAUGUUAGGCACCGUCUGGAUGGCAGUCUAUUUGCUCAAUUUUACUAAGACGUAA